UAUAAUUUUCAUGGGUUUUCCAGCAAACCUAAGUUGCUAAUUCAGUGUAAUAAGUCAAUAUUAUUUGCCAAUUUUCAAAGAAAUGGUCUUUCAUCUUCAUGGCAAGGGUCCUCAGAGGUGUCAAGUUAUGUUGCAAAUUGCUCCUGUAAGGUAUUAUAAUGUGAUGCUCAAUCUUGAACCAUUAUUUUUUUUUUUUUUUCAUUUCUUGUGCUUCAAUUUUACUUAGAAAACCUUCUUCUGUUUCAAAAUAUCACUAAUUCUCUAUAAGUGAAAAUUAUAAAAAAAAUUAUACCUUAGUCAUACCUUUUUGUCAGACUUUUAGUUUAAUGCUUGAAUCAUACCUUGCACACAACUAAUUGGAAAUUCUUUGUUAAGAUAAAGGUGUUUUAAGAGUUUGGACGAAGUAAAGUGCAUCUUCUAGUGUAAUUGAAUGCUGCAUUGCCAAAAAUCAGGGGGAAUAUCCCAUUUAGGCUGCUUAUAAAGUACAUAGUCACAAAGUGAUGUCAGUUCUUUCUCCGACCGUUGUUUAUAUAGGGUUAGGAUUUCUUGAUUUAUGAUUUCUGUCAACGCUUACAGAUGGUUUAAGUAUAAGCUUUUACCUAAAGAAAUGGAAGAACAACUUGGUUAAUGUGGGAUCUUAGGACUCUAUCAAAGGACAGUAGGACCUGAAAGGUUACCCCCUCCCUCCCAAAAAUAGAAGCGGAAAUGUUAUGAGGCUAUUGGUUCUGCAGACACAGAAUGGUUUUUCUUCUUUCUUUGUAGAUAUCACGAGAUAUGAGGUAAAACAACAAACAACAUAAGGAGCAGUCACUAAUGUGGCAUGAACUUCUGUGCCACAAAGUCAAAAUACCCAACUGAAUCCUUCUCAACAGAAGCAGGCGGUCAAGCUUGUUUGUUUCUACUCAUUGGGGAGCAAAGUGUUCCAUCUAUACAGACGCUUCGAAGAUUACCUCCAGAGGAACUCUCUGCAAAGAUUGUCAUGGUCAGAUUCGAUUCUUCCAUCCUGUUUUACCAGAAGUUGGACCAAUCUAUCUCAAUAACUUCUAAUGCAUUCUUCACUAUCAAGUACGUCUUCGAAGCUGGAGCAAAAAUAAUUUUGAUUAGUAGCUGGAAUGUCAAAUGCAAUGCCAAAAUUCUAUCUGAAGAGGCUGUUGCAGAACUCCUUUCAUCAGUUCUCCAACUCAAAGUUGUCCCCGGCAAAUGCAACUUUGCACAUCAACAGCCGAAGGUGGAACUAUUUGAGGAAGCAGAUGUCAUCCUUCUCGAAAAUCUAUCUAAGUACAAACAAGAACUUGCCAAUGACUCAGAAUUUGCUAGGAAAUUAUCAUCCGGGGUUGAUAUUUUUGUAAAUGAUUCGUUUUCAACAGCUCACAAAAUUCUUGCAUCAACUGUUGGAGUUACUCAGUUCUGUUAUGCUUGUGUAGCUGGAUUUUAUUUUGAGGAGUGUUUGAUAAAAUUAAAGACAAUUCUAGAAUGCACCCACAGUCCGAGUGUUGGAGUGGUAGGAGGGGGAAACCUCAGGGACAAAGCAGCAGCCUUGCGCGUUUUAGCUUCAAAAUGUGAUGGUCUGGUUUUUGUGGGGAUGAUGGCGUUACAAAUCAUGCAUGCCAUGGGAAUGCCUGUUCCCUUGUAUUUGGUUGAGAAAGAAGGAGCUAAAGAGGCUCUAGAAAUAGUGAAGUAUGCUGAAUCUAGAAGCAUACCUAUUCUACUGCCAAGUGACUUUUUGUGCAAGCAUAAGAUGCAAGUUAAAACUUUUCCUGCUCAAAGUAUCUUGGAUGGUUGGAAGCCUGUUGAUCUUGGACCAAAUUCAUUCAUAGAGAUUGCCACUUUUCUGUCAAGAUAUAAGAAGAUCAUAUGGAUAGGUCCUGUUAAAGUCGGACAGUCUGAUCAGAAAAGGGGUGGAGAAUCUCGAUUGGUACAUAUUCUUGAUGAAGUAAGCCAACACGGUUGCCAUAUAACAAUCAUUGGACAUAUGGCAUGUGAGGCAGUUCGUGAGAUAUCAAGAUCUUCACCUGCAUAUUGUAUGGUUGAGCAUGCAUCUGUUGUUUGGGAAUAUCUAAAAGGAAGAAGUCUUCCAGGCCUUCUAGCAUUAGAUAGAGCAUACACAUUUGAGAUAGAGUGGAAUAUGAUUUACCCUGAUCCUACCCAAUCUUUGGCGGUCGACAUUGGAAGUGGAAAUGGAUUAUUUCUCAUGGGAAUGGCUAAUAUGCGGAAGGACUUAAAUUUUCUUGGUUUGGAGAUUAAUAAAAAGCUGGUCACACGCUGUCUGGAGUCUGCAGAUCAAUCAGGACUGAAGAAUUUACACUUCAUAGCAACAAAUGCCACGUCGUCAUUUCAGACCAUUGUCUCCAGUUAUCCAGGACAACUCGUCCUUGUUUCAAUUCAAUGUCCCAACCCUAAUUUUAAUCAGCCUGAGCAUAGAUGGAGGAUGGUGCAAAGGUCACUUGUUCAAGCUAUAAUUAGUGAGCUUGCUCCUGGAGGAAAGGUGUUUCUUCAGUCUGAUGUUGAAGAAGUUGCAAUGAGAAUGUGCAAGCAAUUCUUAGAGAAAGGAAAGGAAAAGCUUGACGUUGUGUAUGACGACAUGGACAUGGUGCCUGGUCCUGGAGGAUGGCUUGAAGAUAAUCCAUUUGGAGUUCGGUCUGAUUGGGAAAGCCAUGUUCUUGCUCGUGGGGAUCCCAUGUACAGAUUGAUGCUCUGUAAAAGAUAGCUGCUAAUGUAGAAAGACAAUAUUCCUUUGAUAGGCUAUAAAAUGCCAACCUCAUAUGAUAGCAUUUGGAAAUUCGUUAUACAAUAAAGCAAAAUUCCCUUGUGAUAUUUUCUUCUACAGUUAAUUACAGCAUAUGAAGCCCUUCAGACAUCAAAAUUCCAGGUUCGAGUCCGAUCAGGCUUCAAACAAAGCAAAAUGUCACACAUCAACCCUCCCCUAGAGCAGCGCUGAGCCGUAGGCGUAGACUGGGCGACCUGCGCUGGCCCAACGGCAGCCCAAAAUGCCCUAAGGCAUCUGAUAGGGCAAACAAACUCCAAAUGGGCCCAAAUUUUGGGGUCCGCAAUAUUUUGGGCCAUUAAAAAUAAUGGUCGAGCCAGAAAUUGGAUUUGAGGCCCACAAACAGGAGAUGUUGCACGGAGAUAUUUCGGGAGAGCAAUAGUGCAUGGAAGCUUCUCGAAGAGCCUUGUAAACUCCCUUUGUACAUAAGCUUUGUCUAGUGUCUAGAAGGUUCUAGGAAACCUUGUGUAGAAGCCUCUAAUUGAGGAGGUUUAAGAACACUCUAGAACUAGGGUAGGCAAGGUUGGAGCCUAUAAAUAGGCAUCCCCCUCAUUUGUACAAAACAUACAAAAAAAGCUCUCCUUUUGUAUUCUUUAAGUUCUCAAUACAAAGCAUUCUUUUAAGCA